AUGCUUUCAUUUGCGAUUUAUUUUAUUAAAGAUAAGUAAUACAUGCUCAAGGCAGCAAGAAUCAUCCAAAGGAACAAGAAGAUGUCCUUUUUUCCUAAAUUUUGCUAGAAUAAAUAAUUAUCUUUGUCUUAUGAAAAAUAUAUCAAACAACGAACAACUGUCAAAUAAAUCAUUAUUUUUAAUAGAAGUUUACUCAUCCAUUUAGUUAAAACUUUCAUUUAAGUAAAGAAUAAUCAUUCAAGUCACUUUUCCAUGUCCUCUUAAUUAUAUAUCAGAUUUUUAUCUUACUUCAAUGCAAUAAAAAUAAUUAUCAAUUUGAACUGUAAUAAGAAAGAAUAUAGUAAAAUCCAAAAGGACUAUACAGAAAUCACCAUAUAAAUUAAAUAAACUCUUAUUUUUGAUGAAUAAAUGUGUGAUUAAAUAAAAUAUUAUUUUUCUCAAUUUCUUUUAACUCUAGAUUUUUAUUUAACUAUAUAUUUCUAAAUAUUGCAAUUUGAUUAAGUUACAACUCAAAAGUUGAUUAUUUCUGAGCAUAUUUUUAAUGUAAUCAAAUAAAUCAGUAACUUGAAUAUGAAAAUUAAAAAUAUUUCUAAUAUAUGA